GCCUAAGUGCUUCUGACAUGGCAGAGGAACCAGCGAAGCUGAGCAUCGAUCAAGCGCGCGUGGCUGCAAAGGAGGCCUGCGCCAUUUUUGAACAGCCGGCCAAUGCAGAAAGAUUGCUUGCUGUUCAGAAAGAAAGCGCGGGCGACAUUGGGAAAUUCUUCAUGAUGGUCAUUCCUGUAGCAGUGGAGCUAGUUGGCUCAGUAAUUGCGAAGUAUGGGUUUGAACCCUCACAAAGUGGAGCGAUGGAAUUUGUCAAAGAAUUACGAAGAUACGAAGCAGAUGGAGAGAUCAAGGCGCUGGCUGACAAUCUGAAGACCAAGUUUAUGCCUAAUAUGAUGCCAGCGGCCCCUGUGGACGAGAUGGCUGAUUGAGUGGAUAGAGUCUCGGAGAUGUACGACGUGCCGAUCAGCGGUAGAGCAGGAAUUUCAAAUUGACAAGGAUGGUUUUCCAUUGAGUGGCCUCCAACCUUGCCCCUUGGAGCUUGUUUGCUCUGAUGUGGUGAAUCAAACUAAAUACAUUUUGAGGCCAGGCUAGAGCACUUUAUUUUUCUUGUGAGUAAUGCAGUGUGCGACGUGUAGGGUGGUCUAGCAGUGGUGUAUACAAUAAUUAGGGUGUCGAGUUGUUGUAAGAGCCAUCUGUUAUUUUGGAUGAAAA